AUGAUGAAGAUAGGGACCAUCUGUUUCUCCAUUGUCGAUACUCAUCCCAGGUUUGGGGUUUCAUUCUGCGCCGUUUUGGUACCCCUGUUCCCGGAUUCCUUUCUUGGAACGAUGUCAUGGAAUGGCUCCUCCAUGGAGAGGGCGGCAAUGAAGCAAAACUUCUUAAAAGAUUGGCUUCCCAGGCAACGGUCUAUAACAUCUGGAAGGAAAGAAAUUGCAGGUUGCAUAGUGGCAUUGCGAUCCCGCCAGCUAUCUUAUUCAAACAGAUUGAUAGAAGCAUUCGAGACACCCUCUUGGCAAGAAGACUCAGGAAAGGAUGCUCUCUUCUCCUAUUCGCAUGGUUUACCCAUAACUAAUUCUUAUUAG